AUGGCCCCUCCAAAAUACCAGUCGCCUCCUCAGGCGCCGCCCCUGUUCGUCGGCACCAAUGACUCCAUCGCCGCCGAUGCGCAAAAGAUAUGCGAUACCACGCGCAGCUUGCUCGAUAAGGUCGUGGCCGAGGUCUCUCCCGAACAAGCCACCUUCCAAAAUGUCAUGGCGCCCAUUGUCGAGGACGAGAACCUGAGCGCCCUCCAGACCCGCAUCCUCGGCUUCUACCAGUACGUCGCUGCCGACGCCGACCUCCGCACCGCCUCCACCGAAGCAGAUAAGAUCCUGGACGACUUCGGCAUCGAGUGCGCCAUGCGGGAGGACGUCUUCAAGCUCGUCGAUGCCGCCUACUCCCGCCGGGACAAGGAGACCGAACUCGAGCCCGAGAGCCUUCGCCUCUUGGAGAAGGACCGCAAGAACUACAUCAAGUUUGGCCUCGGUCUGCCGGCCGGACCGCAGAGAGACCGCUUCAAGGAGAUCAAGAAGCGUCUCAGCCAGAUCCAGAUCGAGUUCACCAGGAACCUCAACGAAGAGAAUGGCGGCGUCUGGCUGACGCCCGAGGAGCUGGACGGCGUGCCCGAGGAUGUCCUCGUGGGCCUGGAGAAGGGCAAGGACGAGAACGAGGGGAAGCUCAAGCUGUCCUUCAAGUACCCCGACCUCUUCCCGACCCUCAAGUUCGCCAAGAACCCGGAGACCCGGCGCAAGGUCUUCAUGGCCAACGAGAACAAGUGCAACCAGAACGCCCCCCUCUUCCAGGAGGCCAUCGUGCUGCGCGACGAAGCCGCCCGCAUGCUCGGCUAUCCCAACCACGCCCAGCUGCGAAUCGAGGACAAGAUGGCCAAGGACACCGACACGGUCAACGAUUUCCUGGCCGACUUGCGCUCGCGCCUCACGGCCGGCGGUGCCAAGGAGGUCGACCAUCUUCUGGAACUCAAGAAGGCCGAUGCCGAGUCCCGCGGCCUCCCCUUCGACGGCAACUACUACCUCUGGGACCACAAGUUCUACGACCGGCUGAUGAUCGAGAAGGAGUACAGCAUCGACGAGACCAAGAUUGCCGAGUACUUCCCCAUCAGCUCGACCAUCUCCGGCAUGCUCAAGAUCUUCGAGGAACUUUUGGGGUUUGUCUUUGUCGAGCUGCCACCCGAGGACCGUGCUCGGCUGAGCCCCACGGGCAAGGCGGAGGACAUUGUCUGGCACGAGGACGUCAUCCUUUUCAGCGUCUGGGACGACGCGUCGGCGGGCGAUGGCUUUGUCGGUUACCUCUACCUCGACCUUCACCCCCGUCCGGGCAAGUACGGCCACGCCGCCAACUUCAACCUGCAGCCCGGCUUCCUGUACGAGAACGGCACCAGACGGUACCCCGCCACGGCGCUCGUGUGCAACUUCAGCAAGCCCACGGCGACGAAGCCGUCUCUCCUGAAGCACGACGAGGUCGUCACCCUCUUCCACGAGCUGGGCCACGGCAUUCACGACUUGGCCGGCCGCACCAAGUACUGCCGGUUCCACGGCACCAGCACGGUGCGUGAUUUCGUCGAGGCCCCCUCCCAGAUGCUGGAGAACUGGUGCUGGACCCCGAGCGUGCUCAAGUCCCUCUCGAACCACUACGAGAGCGGCGAGAAGAUUCCCGACGACCUGAUCGAGAAGCUGCUCUCUACCAAGCACGUCAACUCUGCCCUGUUCAACCUCCGCCAGCUCCAUUUCGGCAUUUUCGACAUGACCAUCCACUCGCCCAAAAGCCACGAGGAGGCCAAGGCCUUUGAGAUCUCCAAGCUCUACAAUGAGCUGCGCAGCCAGAUUGCCGGUAUCAAGGGACCAGAGGCCCAAGGCGAGAAGCCGGACUGGGGUAACGGGCAAGCGUGCUUCGGCCACCUCAUCGGCGGCUACGACGCCGGUUACUACGGCUACUUGUACUCCGAGGUCUACUCGACCGACAUGUUCUACUCGGUCUUCAAGGCGGACCCGAUGAACGGCGUCGAGGGCCGACGAUACCGCCACACUGUGCUGGAGAAGGGUGGAAGCCAGGAUGAGAUGACUUCGCUUGAGAAUUUCCUGGGUCGCAAGCCGAGCACCGACGCGUUUUACAAGGAGCUGGGCAUUACUCAGUAA